AUGAUCAAAAUCAAUCAUAAGCUUAAAAUAAUUUUAAUUUUAUCAAUAUCAACUUUUAUUUUAAACUUUAUUGAAUACAACUAUCUAAUAUUAACGUUAAGCAUUAAAAAUAGACUUUUAUUACCGUUUACGCUUAUCAACAACAAAUGUUUUUUAGAAUAUUUAUACUAUAGAUUGAUCCCCAUCUAUGAGGUAGAUAUGAGACUAUUUUCUAACGAAUAUACGUAUGAUUUAGUGGUAAAAGGAAUAAUAGAAGAGUAUAAUUAUGAGGAUGGAAUUGACUAUUUAGAUGUAUGUGGUGAUUAUGUUCACCAAAUAAGAAAAUUUGAAGGAAUUGAUUUAAUUGAGAAUCCUUUAAAUGAAACAAACAGAAAUUUUUUAGAAAAUUUAAUAAAAUGA